UGCAUCCUCUUUCUUUUGGCGAAAAACGCUACGCAAGGUGCACGUUUUUGAGUUUUACCUUUGGAUUUGUGUAAACCGAAAUGUCCGAAGAAGUGGUGGAGACCAACAACCAGGAGGCGGAGCAACUACCGCCUCAGCCGCAGGAAGAAGAGAUCUGGGAGGAGGAGGGCCCAACCACAAUGCCCGCCCAGCAGGCUGAAUGGCCGGAAAUUAAGCUCUUUGGCCGCUGGGCCUGCGACGACAUCUCGAUAAGCGAUAUAUCGCUGCAGGAUUAUAUCGCGGUCAAGGAGAAGUUCGCCCGUUAUUUGCCGCACUCCGCUGGACGCUAUGCGGCCAAGAGAUUCCGCAAGGCCCAGUGCCCCAUCGUGGAGCGCCUUACUAGCGGUUUGAUGAUGAAAGGCCGCAGCAACGGCAAAAAGCUUCUCGCCUGUCGCAUUGUCAAGCACGCUUUUGAAAUCAUCCACUUGCUGACAUCGGAGAAUCCGCUCCAGGUCACGGUCAACGCCAUAGUAAAUUCCGGACCCCGCGAGGAUUCCACACGUAUUGGACGUGCUGGUACCGUGCGCCGCCAGGCCGUGGAUGUGUCGCCCUUGAGACGCGUGAAUCAGGCUAUUUGGUUGAUUUGCACUGGAGCACGUGAGGCUGCGUUCCGUAACAUUAAAACCGUGGCCGAAUGCCUGGCGGAUGAGCUAAUAAACGCAGCCAAAGGAUCUUCCAAUUCCUAUGCCAUAAAGAAGAAGGAUGAACUUGAGCGCGUGGCCAAAUCGAAUCGUUAAGCUGCGAAUGCUUAAAUUUUUACAAACCGGUACAAACGUACAUACGUUGUUAUGUAAUCAUCUAAUUAAAUAAAAUACCAAAGUAUUUUAAAA